ACUCAGGCGGCGAAGAGAGAGGGUGUCUGUUGCUGUCUCGUCUUGUUCUCACCCCUUGUUAUGUCUGACAGCUGUUCUCUUCGCUUCUGUUGAAAAUAACAUUAGGCCAAAAUGAGACGAGCUUACAACGCUCAGACUGGGCCCUAUGCCUAUGGCCAGUUUGGACAUAACAAUGACACCCAGCACCUGAGUGAGGAAAAUGAGGAAAUGACAUCAGAGUUAAAAGACAAAGUCAAGGCCUUAAAAUCUUUAACAAUUGAUAUUGGAAAUGAGGUUCGGAAUCAGAAUACUAUGCUGAAUGAUAUGGAUCUCGACUACCACAAAUCGGGUAAUUUCCUGGAGAGGAGCAUGAAGAGGCUCGGCAUAAUAGGCAAAGGGUCCCACAAUUACCACAUGGUUAUUUUGUUCGCCUUUUGCUUUCUGGUAUUUCUCUUGCUUUGGCUGGCGCUGAAGUUUCGGUGAUGAGGCUGAAGGUGCAGAGGCAUCACUCAUAGGCGUUCCUUUUGGAAAACGGUGAAUUUUUUAUAUGCGGAAGAUGGUAUGAAAGAUGACGUUUUAGCAGGUUUUUGAAACUAUCCAUGGUUCUAUACUCCCUCUCCCCCACUUUUUUUUUUUCUU